UAUCUCAGCUGUCAAAAUGGAGCUUGACAUUCAGUGUGAGGAGAUGAGCCCAUCUAGAUGGGCUGAACUUCUGUCCAUCAUGAAAUCCUGCAAAACCAUCAGACUGGAUGACUGCAAUCUUUCCAGCAGUAACUGUGAGGAUCUCUCCUCCAUCAUCAAUACAAAUCCAUCCCUCACAGAGCUAAAGCUGAACAACAAUGAACUAGGAGAUGCAGGCAUUGAAUACCUCUGUAAAGGGUUGCUGAUGCCAAGCUGCAGCCUACAGAAGUUAUGGCUGCAAAACUGCAAUCUGACAAGCGCCAGCUGUGAGACUCUCCACUCCAUACUCAGUGCACAGCCGUCCCUGACAGAGCUGCACAUAGGUGAUAACAAACUGGGAACUGCUGGAGUGAAGGUGCUGUGUCAAGGGAUGAUGAACCCCAACUGUAAGCUGCAGAAGCUGCAACUGGAGUACUGCGAACUCACAGCUGAUAUUGUGGAAGCUCUCAAUGCUGCUCUGCAAAGCAAGCCCACCCUGAAGGAGCUCAGCCUGAGUAACAACACGCUGGGAGAUACAGCUGUCAAACAGCUAUGCCGGGGACUGGUGGAAGCAAGCUGCAACCUAGAGUUACUACACCUGGAGAACUGUGGCAUAACCAGCGAUAGCUGUCGGGAGAUCAGUGCUGUUCUCAGUAACAAGUCAUCGCUGAUGGAUCUCUCCGUGGGGGAUAACAAGAUUGGGGACUCUGGUCUAGCUGUGCUGUGCCAAGGACUGAUGCAUCCCAACUGCAAAAUUCAGAAGCUAUGGUUAUGGGACUGUGACCUCACAAGUGCUAGCUGUAGAGAUCUCUCCAGAUUCAUCAGUACAAAAGAGACCCUCACAGAGAUCAGUCUGAUAGACAAUAACCUGAGAGACUCGGGAAUGGAAAUGCUGUGUCAGGCACUCAAGGAUCCCAAAUGUAAACUCCAGGAGCUUUGGAUUAGGGAGUGUGGGCUCACGACUGCUUGCUGCAAGGCCGUCAGCUCUGCUCUCAGCGUGAACAAGCACUUGAAAGUACUGCACAUGGGUGAGAACAAGUUGGGAGAUGCAGGUGUUGAACUCAUCUGUGAAGGGCUGCUGCACCCCACCUGCAACAUCCAGUCCCUAUGGCUGGGUAACUGCGAUCUCACAGCAGCCUGCUGUGCAACCCUUGCCACCACCAUGGUCACCAAUCAGUGCCUUACCGAGCUGGACCUGAGCUAUAACUCCUUGGAAGAUGAAGGCAUCAGGAAGAUCUGUGAAGCCUUGAGGAAUCCCAGCUGCAACAUGCAGCAGUUAAUUUUGUACGACAUUUUCUGGAGUUCUGAGGUGGACGAUGAGCUGAGAGCCCUGGAAGAGUCCAGGCCUGAAUUAAAGAUAAUUUCAUGAGCGGUCACUGCCAGCAGAGCAACGUCAAAGCAAUGUCCUCUUGUUAAUCUGAACUUUUUAAUACAUAAAGCUAAUUAACUUAAUAGGGAAUUUGCUUGUACCAAAAAUGUUUGUGGAUUCCCUGAGCGGGUGUCCAGUGUGCUGAUCAACCUUCUGUGGAUCUCUGGAUGUACUAACUCUGAGGCUUAUGAAAGAGUUGAACAUUUUCACUGCAGCAUUACUAUCCUUUGAAAUAAACAAUUACUGGGCAACUUCUAAAAGUGAGUCUCUACCCUUUAGGAGCUCUUUAAUCCUAUAAUCCUUUCUAAC